AUGAGAGCUCUAGAUGAAAGUGACACUGAUAAAUGGGCCAUGAGAGAGAGAAACACGUUUACAACGCGAGGCAUCGAAGGAUGUAACCGGUUGAGCUCGGGUUUUCAUGGCCAGUGGGGCCUGCAAAAACCAAGAAAUUUUAUAUCUGGGGUCUUGCCCGAAAAUGACAUUUUGCCGAGGGGGAGAAAAAAAAAAGAACAAAAGAGAAUCAAAAGAGUAAAGCAAGCUCAACAAGUUCUAAAUCCUCGUAUAAAUAUUUACACAUUCUCUCUUAAAACCGUGGUUACAUAUAUUGUUCUUUGCUCAAAACAACAUUUAUAUCAAGAGCUCGAGCUGGACCUCUACCUUAAACCCACCACAACAACGCUUACGUUGUCACCACUGCCUUUGGCGAUAGCCAGCUCAGCUAGCACGGCUGCAGCCUCUUCAAAUCGGUUUUCGACCUUUUUACCUUCCGGCAUGUCCUUGUCAUCAUGGUUGUCUCGACCGUCAUUGCCUGCCCUCGAGAAGAGGGAAUCCCUCAUCACACGACCGGCCAAACACCGCUUUGCGACUUGGCACGCCAACUCGUUGCUAAUGACGUCCCAAAGCCCGUCACUAGCGAGUAUCAAGAACUCGUCAGAGCUCGUUCGGCUGAUAACUUGUACCUCCGGGUCUGGGAUCACGUACGGCUUCAGGUAG